UCGUUUGAUUUUACAUUUGAAUUUCUUGUCUUUGUCUUGAAAUAGACAUCAAACUAAUAUCGCAUUGUUAUAGAAAUGCGCAAUGCUGUAGCCUGUAGCUCUAGUAUGUACGCCCAAUAACAUGUUAGAAUUUUUACAAUGUUUAUACAAGUUUAUUUGUUGAAACAAGCACAGUCACAGACCAAGCAUAAAGACCAUUAAGAUGUCAAAUUUUGCAAGAGAAAACAAUGCGACUAAAGCAACCAUCAGUAUGGAUUCUGUUUUUGCAACAGGUGCAUUCAAAAAUGUGUAUAAAGGAAGAUAUACUGUAGGAGAAAGAGCUGGUGAAGAAUGUGUCUGCAAAAUCUUUAAAUCUGGCAGUGUCUUUGAAGAAUCCUAUUUUCGAGUAGAACUUAAUGUGGUUGCAAAGGCACUUGAAGUUGUCAAUAGCUUCAACAAAGAUAAAGUCAUCAACAAGAGCAUUUGGCUCAAUAAACCAACCAUUUGGACCUUCAUGCCUGGUUCGGGAAGAGAAGGUGAAAAAAAUCUGAUUGAGCCAAUGAUUUCCAACUUUGAAAAAUUCAAUUCUAACACUGGAUGGACUCCGCAAGAAUCGUCUCCUUGGAUCGAUGUGAUGCAAGCUCUUAGUCACUAUUCGUAUCAUUCAAGUAAUCGCCGUCUGCUGUUCUGUGACCUCCAAGGUGGCGUGUACAAGGAUGGAUUUAUCAUCACUGAUCCUGUUAUCAUGUCAACUGCCCAGGAGUAUGGACCAACUGAUCUCGGCGCUGCAGGAAUAUCUACUUUCUUUGCUCGCCACAAGUGCAACAAAUACUGCAAUUCCGGAUGGAUUAUUCCGCAUGAUAGAAAAGUUUAUUUCAAUGUUCAGAAAGGUUCUGCAAUGGUUCUCCCAACCCGCCAAAGUCGUACUCCAUUGACUUUACAAUUAUCAGGCUUGUCUAUUCAAGAAGAAUAAACUGAUUUCCGGAAUGUA